CGCGCACUGUGGGCAGAGGUACAGAGCUAAGCUGCAAACUGGAAGCUGGCAAGACGCGACAGGUCUGUGCGGGGCAGGCAUUCAGCUGGCGGAGAUUCGGGGGUCGAAACUGGGACUAGGUGAGGCCCGUGAUCUCGAGAUCCUGUUAAGAGUCCAUUUUUAGUGAAAAAGCAUUGAGCUUGGAGCCAGGACCAACUCCUUAUUAAUUUGAUAUUGUGCAAGUCAUCUGGAGAGAGAUCUCAGUUGCCUCAUCUGUGAAAAGGAGAUAAAAAUUCUUAAUUUAUCUGAAGAUGAGGUGGAGUACCAUCCUACAGCAAUGUUAUUUUCUCUCGGUUACAUGUCUACUUACUGCUCUUGAAGCUGUGCCUAUAGACAUAGACAAGACAAAAGUAAAAGGUGCUCAGCCUGUGGACAGUGCAAAGAUAGAACCACCAGAUACUGGACUAUAUUAUGAUGAAUAUCUCAAGCAAGUGAUUGAUGUGCUGGAAACAGAUAAUCAUUUCAGAGAAAAGCUCCAGAAAGCAGACAUAGAGGAAAUAAAGAGUGGGAGGCUAAGCAAAGAGCUGGAUUUAGUAAGUCACCAUGUGAGGACAAAACUUGAUGAACUGAAAAGGCAAGAAGUGGGAAGGUUAAGAAUGCUAAUUAAAGCUAAACUGGAUUCCCUUCACGAUACAGGCAUAGACUACCAUACUCUUCUAAAACAAUUUGAUCACCUAAACCACAUGAAUCCUGACAAGUUUGAAUCUACAGAUUUAGAUAUGCUAAUCAAAGCAGCUACAAGUGAUCUGGAAAACUAUGAUAAGACUCGACAUGAAGAAUUUAAAAAGUAUGAAAUGUUGAAGGAACAUGAAAGGAGAGAAUACUUAAAAACACUGAAUGAAGAAAAGAGAAAAGAAGAAGAAUCUAAAUUUGAAGAAAUGAAGAAAAAACAUGAAAAUCAUCCCAAAGUUAAUCACCCAGGAAGCAAAGAUCAGCUAAAAGAGGUUUGGGAAGAGGCUGAUGGAUUGGAUCCCAAUGACUUUGACCCCAAGACAUUUUUCAAAUUGCACGAUGUCAAUAAUGAUGGCUUCCUUGAUGAACAAGAAUUAGAAGCCCUAUUUACUAAAGAGUUGGAGAAAGUAUAUGACCCCAAAAAUGAAGAGGAUGAUAUGGUAGAAAUGGAGGAAGAAAGGCUUAGGAUGAGGGAACAUGUAAUGAAUGAGGUUGAUUCUAACAAAGACCGAUUGGUGACUCUAGAAGAGUUUUUGAAAGCUACAGAAAAAAAGGAAUUCUUGGAGCCUGAUAGCUGGGAGGUAAUAGACCCUAUUUGAAAUGGGAUGUAUGAU